AUGCCGCCUGGAAACCAGUGGUCAGCCGACGAGGUGACUAUUGCAGUUUAUUUUUCCUCGCGACAAAUCUGCUGUAAAGCAGUGCGCUUCCUGCUCUUGCGUCGAGGCUAUGACCGUUCUGUCCCCGCCAUCGAACGCAAGCUUCUCUCGAUAUCCCAACAGCAUCCAGAUUUGCGGUCUUCGGAAGGCAAUUGGGAAUUGAAUGUUGCUGAUUCUUGGAUCGACGCCGUCCUUGGUGACCAUGAGUCGGUCAACCAACUGAUUCGAUUUUCAUCGGCGGACGCAGAAGAUGUGAUAACUGUAUGUUUCAGACUCGGGUUAUUAUGGCCUUAUUUUGCGCUCACGACUUUGCUCACCCAAAGCAGAAUCAACGAACCUCUGACCUUCUGA